AUGGCUAAGACGUCUUUGAAAAUUCUCCUUGCGAUUAUUGUUCUAGCCUUUGUAACAGGCAGUGUCCACGGGUGUUCGUGUUUUGGCAAUCCACACCCUCAAGAUCAAUUUUGCUCAGCAGCUUACGUAUUAUAUGGCAGAGUUAUCAAGCAAACCUUCAUACCUGGCCCACCUGAUGAUAUUGCUAAUAACUAUGCGAUCUGGAAAUAUACUGUCAACAUUCUCUUCAAAAUGAAGGGAAUUACUGAAGAAGUAGGUUCUGAGGUAGUGAUACAGUCUGCAGGAAAUAGGGCGCUCUGUGGAACAAGCUUGCCGGUCGGAAAGUCAUUAAUUCUAAUGGGUAAUUACAUGUAA